AUGAGACAGAAAAGAGCUAAAAGUUACAAGAAGCAAAUGAACGUGUAUUUGCACACGUUCAAGUUCAGAGAGCCUUUCCAGACCAUCGUUGAUGAUGAACUCGUCCUCACAUGCGAUAAGGCUUCUUUCAACUUACCCAAGGGUCUUACAAGAACCAUCCAGGGCGAGUCCAAACCCAUGAUCACCCAAUGUUGCAUGCAAGCGUUAUACUUGACGGAUAACCAGCCUGCUAUUGACUUGGCUAAGUCAUUUGAAAGACGUCGGUGUAACCACUUUGGUAAUCCUAAACCACCGGCUGAAUGCAUUGAAUCGAUUGUCAACAUCGAAGGUGAAAACAAGCAUAGAUACGUUGUCGCUACACAGAACACAAAGCUUAGAAAGGUUCUUCGAGGAGUGCCCGGUGUGCCCCUUAUUUUCAUGAACAGAUCUGUUAUGGUCAUGGAGCCUGCUUCAGACGCUACGAUGCGUGCUGCCACUCUUAGUGAAAACGCCAAACUCACAGCUGGUCUUAAUGAUACCAAGAUCGGAUAUGUCAAGAAAGACACUGAAGAAGAUGAGGCCGAACAACCUCAAAAGAAGAAGAGAAAGGGUCCUAAGGAGCCAAACCCACUUAGCAUGAAAAAGAAGAAGACAACUUCUAAUGAAUCCCAACCUCAAGAUGCAGAUAAGCCUAAGAAGAAGAGAGCAAGACGUCACAAGAAAAGCAACGAAUCUACAGAGUCAAAUGGCAACGGUGCCCAAGAGGCUGAUGAUUCCCAAUAA